CUACACUCCACACUCCGGAUACAAACAAAAAGUCGAAGCCCUUCGGAGAGCUCAGAGCUUUUAGCUGCACCCGUAGAAGAAGAUAAAGUGAGAGAGAGAGAGGAGUGGUGAUGGGAGAGACGAACCCACCUCCGGCCACCGCGGCGGCGCCGCCGCCGCCGCGGAUUCAGGCGGUGGGCCCGCUGAACGUCGGCGCCGGAGCCAUACACCCGCCGCGGGACCAGCUCAACUACGUCGAGUUUUGCGUCCACUCAAACCCUAGUUGGGUGGAAGUAGCUGCACUUGCAUUCCUGCAUUACCUCGUGACGUUGGGAUCUAUCGUUAUGCUCUCUACUCUUAUUGUUCCUCUAAUGGGUGGAAACAAUGGGGAUAAAGCACGUGUGAUUCAGACCUUUUUGUUUAUGAGCGGAGUGAAUACGCUUCUUCAAACAUUAAUUGGAACACGGCUUCCUACAGUGAUGAAUGCUUCCUUUGCAUUCAUCGUCCCAGUGAUGUCAAUAAUCAGUGACUUCUCGUCACGUGGAUAUGAUGAUGAACACCAGAGGUUUCUCCACACCAUAAGAGCCAUUCAAGGAGCCCUAAUCGUGUCUUCAUUUCUUAAUUUGUUAAUUGGAUACGGCACUGUAUGGGGGAGGUUCUCGAGAUAUUUCACUCCAGUAGUUAUAGUCCCUGUUGUGUGUGUAGUGGGGCUCGGGCUUUUUGAAUGGGGCUUUCCUCAGGUUGGAAAAUGUGUGGAGAUCGGGCUGCCUAUGCUAAUUCUAACAGUUGUCGUCCAACAAUACAUGAAGGGCAUCCAUGAGAGAGUAACCUUCUUGUUUGAGAGAUACUCAUUGCUUUUAUUGAUUGGAAUAGUUUGGGCUUUUGCUGCUAUUCUUACUGCUUCUGGUGCAUAUAACAAUGUCCCUGAUAAGACUAAACGGCAUUGCCGAGUUGACAGGUCCUACCUUAUGUCGUCUGCUCCAUGGAUAAAAAUCCCAUACCCUUUCCAGUGGGGCUCUCCAAUCUUCAGUGCAAGCCACUCGUUUGGAAUGAUGGCUGCUGUACUUGUUUCAGCUGUUGAGUCAACUGGAGCACAUUUUGCAGCAGCUCGUCUAGCAGGGGCUACUCCUCCUCCCAACCAUGUACUUAGUCGAAGCGUAGGAUUACAGGGCCUAGGGAUUCUUCUUGAAGGUAUUUUUGGGGCUGCAGCUGGCUCAACUGCAUCAGUUGCAAAUGUUGGGCUCAUUGGAUUGACACGAGUUGGAAGUCGGAGAGUCAUUCAGAUAUCAACUGCUUAUAUGAUAUUCUUCUCCAUUAUUGGGAAAUUUGGGGCCUUUUUCGCGUCUAUCCCACUUCCGAUUUUUGCUGCAAUAUAUUGUGUCCUUUUCGGGGUUGUUGCUGCUGUCGGUAUCUCCUUCAUUCAGUUCACAAACAACAACUCCAUGAGGAAUCUCUACAUAAUAGGCCUUUCUCUUUUCCUCGGGGUGUCUAUUCCUCAAUAUUUCAACGAAUAUACUGCUUCAGCUGGGCAUGGACCAGCCAAAUCUAAUGCAGGAUGGUUUAAUGAUAUAUUAAACACGAUAUUCUCGUCCGCGCCAGCGGUGGCCAUGAUAGUUGCGACGCUACUUGAUAACACACUUGAUGCGAAGAAAACAGGCUCCGAUAGAGGUCUCUCGUGGUGGAUUCCGUUCCAACGCCACGGAGGCGAACCCAGAAACGACGAGUUCUACAGCUACCCCAUCAGAAUGCACAGAUGGAUGUUCUUCAAUAGAUACCCCUGAGAAGUUCUCUUCCUGUGUUAAAAAGAGUGGUAAUUUAUGUUCUAUGUUUGUUGUGGAUUGACUUUAAAAGAAGUUUCUGUUUUCGCACAGCUCUUUGGGAACAAUGAGAGAGAAACAUAGGGUAAAAAUAUUUUGAAA